AUGGACCAACCCCCAGUGACUAAGACGGCUACAAAUGAGGCAGACACCAUCGAUCUGGAUGCGCUGUCUCCCUCUGGCUUCUCAACUCCAUACCACAGGCAUAGCCAUGGCGGAGCCCACCGCCGUCACGAGACCCACCACCACAGGCUGUCCCAGCGUCGUAGAAGGACUCAGCGCCUUGGUGAGGUCCGAGACUUUGAGGACAAUGCCCUCUCACCCCGUGCCCCCCAGCACCCUCCCCACCACUCUCCCCACUCCCACCACCAUUCCCCCCACUAUGAUGAGGCCCACCAUCAUGAUGGAGCCCCCUGCUCCACAUCUAUUGUCCUCCAUCCUUCCCGGGGCCCCACCCUCUCCCACCCUUCCUAUGGCAAGGACCGCUCUGAUGAUGUGUGGCACCAUGGCGGCAGGAGACACCACGGUCGGCACUACCGUGGGGGGCCCCACCAGCACAGUGAGGUUUCCCACCCUAAUGAGCUCCACCACCAAGACAAGCCUUACAACUAUAAAGAGCCCCAGCGCUCAGACGACCCCCACCAGCGCAGUGAGGCCCGUCCCCAUGGCGGCCACCAGCAUCGUGAAGCUCACCACCACAGACGGUCUUUUCAUCAUGGAGAGAUCUAUUCCCACCAUUCCUCUGUGGCGUCCGACCACCACGGCACACCUCAGGACCACAAGCACCACCACGGGGAGCACCACCAUGCCGAGCACAGCCGUAGUGCACAUUAUGAUCACCUCCAUGGCGACCAGCACUACAGGGACCACCAGCACGGAACUUCUCAAGUCUCUGGCCCACACAAGUUCCACAGCAUGGUCAGUGCCUCCCUUCACUCUGCCUGUUCUCAUUCAGGGCCUCUCCAACUUCGCGGGGCACAUGCACAGAGCUCGGCCCUCGGCCUAACCCAUUCCCACAGUAUGGUUCUCACAUAUGUCUCCCAGAUCUCCAGCGAAGUCCAUCCUCUGAAUUCCUUCUCUAAAAUCUCAGAAAGCUGGACCGAAGAUGAGCAAACUCAGAAGCGCAGAACGAUCCGAGCCCAGCGGGCUCACAAGAAGAUGCACACUGCAGACCUCUUCCAUUGGUUGUGGGAAAAACUAAGCCACCUCAUUCAGGACCUCCGGAGAAUGCUCAGGAAUCUGACUGAGUCCCUGGUCUUUGAAGCUUUCAUCUUCCUUGUCAUCUGUCUCAACACCAUCAUGCUUGUGGCCCAGACCUUCACUGAAGUCGAGAUCCGGGGUGAGUGGUACUUCAUGGCCCUGGACUCCAUCUUCCUGUGCAUCUAUGUGGUGGAAGCUGUGCUCAAGAUCAUUGCUCUGGGCCUCAAGUAUUUUUCUGACUCCUGGAACAAUCUGGACUUCUUCAUCGUGGUUAUGGCCGUGCUGGACUUCAUGCUCAUGCAGCUCAGCUCCCUGUCCUCCUUGCCCAAUGUCUACAACCAAAGCAUCUUCCGGAUCUUCAGGGUCUUCAAGAGCCUGAGGGCCCUGAGGGCCAUCCUGGUCCUGAGGAGGCUCAGCUUCCUGACCAGCCUCCACGUACUGACCAGGAACCUUGCCCAGUCUUUGCCAUCCAUUGCUGCCGUCCUCAUCCUCAUGUUCACCUGCCUCUUACUCUUCUCUGUGGUGCUCCGGGCGCUGUUCCACCAAUCCGACCCCAAGCGCUUCCAGAACAUCUUCACCACCAUCUUCACCCUCUUCACCUUGCUCACCCUGGAUGACUGGUCCCUCAUCUACCUGGACAGCCGGGCUCAGGGCGCCUGGUACAUCAUCCCCCUUCUCAUGAUUUACAUCGUCAUCCAAUACUUCAUCCUCCUCAACCUGGUGAUUGCUGUUAUGGUGGACAGCUUCCAGAUGGCACUGCUCAGAGGCCUGCAGAAGGUGAAGCAGGAGAAGGCUGCGCAGAACCAUGAGAAGCUGCUGGAUGACUCCCUGGCGGAGCUCAGCAGAGCAGAUCCUGAAGAGGUGAUGAGUAAACACACUACACAGAAGCAACUCAUUGAGAAAAAACUGGGGACCAUGACGGAGAAGCAGCAAGAGCUCCUGGUCCACUUCCUACAGCUGGUGGCUGGGGUGGAGCAACAUCAACAGAAAUUCCGCUCCCAGGCCUCCAUCACUGAUGAGAUUGUGGACACUGCAUUUGAGGCUGGAGAGGAGGACUUCAGGAAGUGAACCC